GAUUAUAUCAAGAAGGCAUUAGGUAAAAGAUGGAGAGACAAUAAAAGCACUUUAAAGAAACAAUAUUUUAAGAAAGACAUAAGCCUCGAGGAAAAAUUGAGAAAUGUCCCGCCGGGAAUGCUGAGGUAUCAACGGGAAGUUGCGGUUAGAUUUUGGAAUUCAAAGAAAGGAGAGGACCGUGAGCGAGUUGGAACAAGUAGCAGGCAAAAACAAAAAUUCAUGCACACGUCAGAGUCGAGAAGUUUUGCUUCUGUAGCUGAGGCCGAGUCAAAUUCGGACAAAAAGUUGGACGCCUUCAGCUUUUUAAGAUUAUGCAUAGGAAGUUUUGAGAUUACGCAUAGGAAGAAAGAUGGAUCUCCUGUAACAUCCGAAGCUGAAGAAAUUAUGGAGAAACUAAAGGAGAAGAAGGCGGAAUAUGAAGCGAUUGCUUCGAGUGAUAGUUCUUUUAAAUUUUGAGAACAUUGAUAAUAGAAUUAUCACUGAAGUUUUGGGUCCUCAAAGGUACGGUCGGGUUUGAUUUCAAGGAUCUAGUGU